GAGUGUUUACAGGGAGAGAGGACAAAAAAGUACAAUGGCAGAGACAAGCUGACAGCUGAGACUGGAUUUGAACGAGGAAACCUUUUUAGAGUUCAGAGGACCAGCGGGGGCUGGACGUCUGUGUUUUUGAUUGGCCUUUCCGAUAAAUCUGCCUGUUUCCUGCACAUCUGCUGUAGGGCAGAGAGAAAACAGAGGCUCUCUCUGAAGAUGUGUCAAUACGGACAGAGCUGUGAAGUUGCACCUAACUUUCACUUUGGGCUUUUAAAGUGAGGAAAUCAAACCUAAACCCACAGGGGAAAGAGCGUGGACUUACAGAUGAGCAACAGCUGGCGACUUCUUGUUCUGACUGAAAGAUGGACAAGGACGAUAAGAACCCGAAGACGUAUGUGUCCACCUUCCGGCUGGUCCUCAAGCCUCAGAGAGGGAAGCAGAAACAGAAUGGACUGGACACCACAUCCAGGACAAUAACAGGAAACAACAAGCUCAGAUGUUCAUCUGCAACAGGUGUCAAACAAGGAACAACUCAGAGUUUGGAAGCACCCAAGUUUAAGGAAACGAUCAGGGAUUGCUCGGUCUGUGUCGGAGGCGGCGUUACGUUUCGAGGCGUCAUCACAGGAACUCAACCGUUGAAUGUUUCCUGGCUGCACAAUGGUGUUGGUGUAACUGCAGGUAGAACUUCCUUUCAAAAUAGUGUUGCCAGUCUGACCCUGACUCAGUGCUCAACCGAACAUGCUGGUGAUUAUACCUGUGUGGCUGAAAACAGUGGCGGAAAGACAACCAGCAGCGCUCUGUUACGUAUUACAGGUCAAGAGGCCGGAACAAAGGAAAUCCCCACAUCGAGCAACAAUGAGCCGCGCAACAAUAUCUCAUCGGAAUCAGAGUCUUGUGAAAACACUGAAGGGGAAAAGCAACGCAAAGAGAGAGAUCAAGUAAUCAGAGACUGCAGACUACAAACAAAAGCUCCCCUGAGCAAAGGUCCUCCAGUGAAGUUUCUAGACCCACCAGAAAAGGUGGAGGUUUGUGUGGGUCAGAAGGCUCGGCUACGCUGUGUGUUCAAGAGCAGCUCUCUUCCUGUGGCCUGCUGCUGGAUUUACAACAGAGCCAAAGUGGUGUCAGGAGGUCCUAGGCUGACCGUGAAGAACGAGAAGACCCAAACCAGUUUGGAGGUUUCCGAGGCCGCUCCAGAAGAUACGGGCUCGUACACUGUGAUUGUACGAAACAGGCACGGCUCCGCUCAGCACACGGUGUCCCUCGGUGUCAUAGACCGACCCACUCCCCCAUCAUCCCAGCCUGUUGCUUCCAGGAUCUCGACCCAAUCCUUGGUUCUGUCCUGGACGGGCCCCUGCUACGACGGAGGCACAGCUGUGUUGGGUUACAUCGUAGAGGCCCUUCAAGACGGCCCCAAAGAGCCUGGAAGCUGGACUGAAAUAAGUAGGUGUAAGAACACCUCAAGCCACAUUUGCUCAGGUUUGACGCCUCUUGGACGGUACAAGUUCAGGGUUAGAGCCUGGAACUUCGCAGGUACCAGCGACCCGAGCCAGGAGUCUCCAUACAUUAAGAUGGCAACCUCAAAGGAAAACAAAGAGGAGCCUGGCUCCUAUGUGACAGUGACUAUUGACACCAAACACAAGGUCAAGGAUCACUACAAUGUCCACGAGAAGCUUGGGGUUGGGAAGUUCGGACAGGUGUACCGAGUGACCGACAAAGAGACUGGCAAAGAGUUUGCAGCCAAGUUCUACCGUGCCCGGACCGCCAAGGACAAGUCCGAAGCUCGCAAAGAGAUUCAAGUAAUGAACAAGCUUCACCACCCAAAGAUAGUCCAGUGUCAGGCUGCGUAUGAAACUCGUUCGGAGUUGGCCAUGGUCAUGGAGUACGUCGCCGGCGGGGAACUCUUUGAACGCAUCGUGGACGAAAACUUUGAGCACACAGAACUCACCAGCGCUCGCUAUGUGCAGCAGAUCCUGGAGGGCAUGCAGUAUGUGCACAAGCAGAACAUCAUCCACCUGGACCUCAAACCAGAGAACAUCGUCUGCGUGGACACAUCCGGCACGCAGAUCAAGAUAAUUGACUUUGGCUUGGCCAGGGAACUUGAGAAGGGUAAACCCCUGAUGGUGAUGCACGGCACUCCAGAGUUCGUUGCUCCCGAGGUGAUCAACUACGAGCCUGUCGGAUUAGAGACCGACAUGUGGAGCAUCGGAGUCAUCUGCUUCAUCUUGCUCAGUGGAGAAUCUCCCUUCCAGGGAAACAACGACGCCGAGACUUUCGCUCUGGUGACAGCAGCCAGCUUCGAGUUUGACCCGGAAAGUUUUGAAGACAUUUCUGAUGAGGCAAAGGACUUUAUCAGCUCCCUGUUGAAGAAAGACCAAAGAUCCAGGCUGUCGUGCACAGAGGCCCUUGCCCACUCCUGGAUGGCUUCUUUCACCCCUCUUACCCGCAGACCCACUAAGUCUCUGAAUAAAGAGAAGAUGAAACGCUUCCUUGCCAGACGCAAGUGGAAGAAAACUGGCCAAGCUGUUUUGGCCUUGAACCGGAUGGCGAACCUCACCAGCAAGCUGGAUUCUCCUGGCAGCUUCUCAGAGGAGCCAGUGUGGAGCCAUGAGGCAGAGGAGGCCAUCCAGUCGCUGGACAAGCAGCUCCAGUCUGAGCCGCACUUCCAGCAGGCCCUGAAGGACAUCACCCUUCACCAGGGAGAGACCGCUCAGCUGACAUGCCUGGUUGACGGUUACCCACAACCUGAGGUGAAGUGGCUUCAUAACGAGGAGCCGCUGAGCGACUCGAGCAGAGUGAGGAUGCAGCGGGAUGAUGACGGCCUCUGCUCUCUGGUUGUGGCUGACCUGGCGCUCUCCGACUGCGGGACGUACGUGUGCAGAGCCCAAAACAAGCUCGGGGAGGCAAUGUGCUCCGCAAAACUGAAAGUCGAACUGUGAGACUUUUGCGUUAGUAGAUCGCCUUUGCUUAGGCUGCUACAGGGACACUUGUUUUAUUUUAGAGGCCACAAAUGUGUUGCAUGACAGCGGUGCCAUUCUGUUAAAAGGAAAGUAAGAUUUUUACACUCACUGCUUUCACACUUUGUGUUCCUCAGCUAUGGUUGAAAUUGGUCUUUUUUUAAGCACAAGGUAAAACGAUGCAAGACCUGAUCUGAAUUUUAUAAAUGGCAUUACAGAUGCAUUUGUAUAUUAUAAUAUUGUUUACAUAGGUUUUAUGAAAGCACUAAAAUAAAGACUCUUAAACAACA